AUGCGUCGACGGACUGGUCUUGCGAGCCUUCCAGUAGAACUGCUAUAUGAAAUUCAGCUGUACGCCACAUCUGAGAAUCUGCCACUCAUUUGCAAACAUUUCUAUGCAAUCUACUCCUCGACACCGGCUUCUUUCCGUGCGCGGUAUAUCAUAGCGAGGGCGCUGCGCGCCACCAGCGGGCACACUAACUUCGACAUCGUAUCGAGGGCACUGCGAUAUCCUAUCUGCUCGCAACCAGUGCUCGAUGCAAUCUGUCGACAAGCUCCUAAAUACGGCAUAUCAUUGCAAACAUACCGCCCAAAGCUUCCUAAACGGCUCUUCUACAAUUUGCGCCCCCCGGCAUCUCGUUCAGCGCCCCGUUGGGAAGAGCGCGAUCACCCACUGCCCUUCUUGAGAUACCUAUAUUCAUCCUCGUCCUUCCCCGCGCCAGAUCCUAGCUCGCACGACGGAUAUGCACUGACGAAGGCGGUGCACGCUCGAUUUACGCCGCUCGUCGAGUUUCUGCUCGACCAGGGCGCAUCGCCGCGGUGCAAGAAUGGGCUAGCGGUUUUUGUUGCGAUCCGAAUGAAUAAUAUCGCGAUGGUGAAGAUGCUCGUGGAAAGAGAUGGAAGACAGGGGAUCGAGCCGGUCGAAGGGGCUCAGAAUAGCAGCAGCACGCAGACUGAUGGGAUCCAAGGCACUGGUGAUGCGUGUAGGGUCGGAAAGAGCAAGCUGAAAGCCGGGAAGAAGAGGAAGCUGGAAGAUCGCAUCCAAGUGACCUCAGAGAUGCUGAGAGCGGCAGUCAAGUCUCAUGCAAAGGAGGUGAUAGAUUGGUUGAUGGAAGAGAAGGGGUGUGUUCCCGAUAUGCAGACUCUUCUGCUUCUGACGAGGUAG